AUGGCUACGCAGAUGAGGGUGACACUGGUGAGGGUGACACUGGUGAGGGUGACACUGGUGAGGGUGACACUGGUGAGGGAGCACGUGUUGGUUCUGGUUGAUUUCGGAGCAGAUGGAAAGCCAAUAACAGCCAACAAGGAGUACAACGAGUACAGGAUAACCAGAAGAGAGGGAAUGCCAGAGACUGUUACGGUCGUGGAGUACGUCGUAGGUGGAGAGAGGAUUCCACGAAGACUGCAGAGUGCGAUGAUGAGAAUGUGUCAGCGUGAGCAGGAAGCAGCGAUAUUCUCAGUGAGGAGACACGUUGUGACGACACUGACGAACAUA